AUGCGUUUUGCUACAGUGGUGAUGAAAGUAAGUGAUUUGGUGGGAGAUGGAGGAUGUGGGGGGUUUGCUUUAGAGAUGGUUACUUCAUACAUAGAAGAAAGGAUUAAGAGGGACUUUAAAGCUUGGGUACAAAUUCCAAUGAUGUGUUUGCUAUGUGGCAAAAUCGGGAAGAUCAUAGGCACCAACAUCUCUUCAAGAGUCAAAUUUUAUGCCACUGACUUUGGCUGGGGAUGGCCAAUAGUGGUUCACGACGGUCUGACCAUUGCAAAGUCAUGGAAGCUAAGGGUUGAUGCAGGAAAAGAAGGUAGCUUGGACAUUGAGCUUUUUGCUUCCUUUGAAUUGCUGGAAGCUUUGGGCAAAGACCCUGAGUUCAAGCAUGCAAUGGCACCACUAUCACCACGGUGGCUACCAACAAAACUAUCAAAUAAAGUAGCAUGGACUCGACUCUAA